AUGGCAAUAAGGGAGUCAGAGGAAUUGCCUUAUAUGGCAAUAAGGGAGUCAGAGGAAUUGCCUUAUAUGGCAAUAAGGGAGUCAGAGGAAUUGCCUUAUAUGGCAAUAAGAGAGUCAGUGGAAUUACCUUAUAAGGUAAAAAGGGAGUCAGAGGAUAUGCCUUAUAUGGUACUAAGGGAGUCAGAGGAAAGAAUUCUUGUCUGUGUGUCUGUGUUGACGCUGCAAGGCACCGAUUGUAGGAUGGUGGAACUCGGCAAUGUCGCUGACAAGACUGGGGGACAGAUCAAUAUUGUUGACCCAUUGAAAUUGAAGGAUCAGUUUGGAUUGAUUUUGAAUGAUCCAAUUAUUGCGACAAAUGUUACAGCUAAAUUACAGUUACAUAGAGGACUGUAUUUUCGAAACGAAGAGACUGGUCCCCACGAAAGUCAAGCACAUCGAACAAUUGGUAAUGUUACUGCAGAAACUGAGAUCACGUUUGAGUUUGGGGUAAAAAAGAAAUCAGAUCUUCAACGAGCAGGUCAAAAUGUGGUGUAUGACAACCAAGGUGGUACAGUUGUAGAAGCUGGUGCAGCUGCUAAUAAGCCUUUGUAUGAUGUAUCAUCAUCUAGUGUUGCUGAUGCUCAACAGAGUGCUUUACAAGGAGUUGAGAGAUUGCCGUUCCAGUUGCAAAUACAGUACACCAGCCGAGAUGAAGCACAGUGCCUAAGAGUCAUCACUCAAGACAGGCCAGUAACAAACGACAGGGACCUUGUAGAGGACAAUUUGAAUGCUGCUGUAUACAGUGCCCACACUGCUCAGACCACAGCAGCCUUGGCAAUGGAAGGCGAAUACACCCAUGCGAGACUGCAAACAGCCGCCUCGCAUAAUCUAAUGAAACGACAUGCAGUUCAGAAAAAUGAUUCUCACUCUUACGAAGCCUUUAUGUUCAAUAUAGCACCAAUGUCGCGUGCCAUGGCACAACAGCAGAAGGUUGAAUUAAAUGUAUAUGGUCAAAACUUGAGUGAAGAUGAAGAUGUAUAUGGUGAUGUGGACGAUUGCGAGUCAAAAGAAGUCAAGACAAAGAAAACUAACAGAUUGGGAUUUCUACCCAAAAAAAAAUCAAAAAAGACAUUACGUCACAAAGCUGUGUCAGAUACGCAGGCGAAUGCAUGGUUCAAGAUGAAAAGUGCAAGUAGCGAUAUGUUUUAACCUAAGACACUCAUCAGGGUUACUGAAUCUCAAUAACAAUCUAAAGGGUUUGGCUGAAUGAUUG